UUUCAACACGUGAUUUGUGACUUUCCUGGUUGAAGUUGAAGCUAAAGGUCUGAUGGUGUAAAUGAUUGUGAACAUGAUGAGCGCGGAUGUGGAGCGGAUGGACAGCUUGGACGGAUGGGUCGCUAUUAAAAGCGACAUAUUUGACAACCGGGAGAUUCACAACAUCCGGUUUCUGGUCCAGUGGAGCGAAGCGGAGGACAAGUUCGCAGUGAUCUGUCACAACAGGACUCUUCAGCAGAGGAUGAGGAAGGUAAAGAUGAAGGAGGGCGGUGAUGAAGAGGACUCCAGCUGGGCCGCAAUGUUCUCGGCAUCAGAGCUGAAACACAUCCAUCAGCAGCUGACCGGCUCCGGAGACGCGCUGUCCAGGGUCCUGCCCGACCUGAGCGCCUUCACACACACCGGCGUGUGGGACACUCUGAUGAGGAGAACAUGGCAGGAGCAGGAGCAGGAGCGCGACGUGGAAGCCGUGUGUCAGCAGCUGGAGAAGUAUUUCAGCAUCGCGGUGGAUGUGUGUGGAGUUAAAAUCCUGCUGGAGACUUUAUUCCCUCAAGAGGAGGCAGGAGAGGAGGACAAAUACUGCGAGAACCUGCAGGAGUUCAAGAGGAAAGCCAUGGAGGAGCAGGUCAGGAGAGCCAAGAACUCAGUGGACACGAUCAUACACAGUCACCCUGCUGCAUCAGGACUUGUGCAGCUGAUGAAGAUCUACGAUGAGGAGGAUGAGGCAUACAGUGAAUUGGUUACCAUAGCAACGCAGUAUUAUCAGCACCAACUGCAGCCAUUUAGAGACAUGAGAGAGCUGUCAACGUUACACACCAUGGAGAUACAGAAAAUAUUGCAGCUCCAGGAGCUCGGUCCAAAGCGAGUGUGUGAGUUGGAGAGAGAGGCAGAAGAGUGGAGCAAGGGGGUGAACGAGGCUGUAUGUUCCAUUCAGGAUAUCACUGUGUGUUAUUUUACAGAGACGACAACAGCUCUGUCAGGUAUGCUGAAACAGAUGGAGGCGGACCGUAAGAGAUUUGGCCAAGCCUCCUGGGCUGUAGCCACACCCAGGCUGGAGAAACUCAAAUUUCUACUGGCUAAAGAGACACUGCAGCUCAUGAGGGCAAGAGAGAUGUGUGUGAACCACCGGAAAGAUGAAAUUAAGGAGAAGAUGAGCAGUGUGUGUGAUGGGGCGAGUGUGUGUGAUGUAGAUGUGUUGGAGCUGCAGUAUUAUGAGGCUCAGCUGGAACUCUACUCCUGUAAACUAGAGAUCAUGAAAAAUGAGGAGCUGCUCCUGCUUGCACAGAUUAACACACUACAGAGACAGAUCAAAGAACUGAAGGAGGAGGUGGUGUAUUUUGAUGCCUGUGAAGACCCCUUAGAGCUUCAGUGUAUGAAUACAGAUGUUAGUCCCACCCACUCAGGUGGUAACUCCACCUACUCUCAACUACAACAACAGCUACUGCAACUGGAGAGGAAGAGAUCGAUGAUAUCAUCACGCAGAGCUACACUGCGCAACCGCAAGGAACGGUGUAUAGAGGCACAUGAGCUCCAGCAGAGGGCGGCACAGCAGAGAAUCACAGAAUUCCAGCAACACCAUGCUGUGCACAAGAAGCGAGAAAAGAAGAGGGAGGAGGAGGAGAAGAGGAAGGAGUGGGUGCAGAUGCAGAGAGACAGAACACUCAACCGACUGCGUAACUUCAGAGAGAGAGGUCAAGGUCAAUUCAUUGUGAAGACUCGUCGUCCCAAUAAGCCCCGCCCUUCUGACCUUGCCAUCAAUGACUCUGAUCAGCCCAUGUCAAUCAUCACACUGACUCCACCCACUCAAGCAUGUAGCCACUCCUCCAAGCCCAGAGGAAAGGGGCGGGGCCAGAAGCAGUGGGAUAUCCCAGUGCACAUUCAUUUACCCCCAGGACCUGGAGGGCCGGAACAUAUUUUAACUCCUCCCCUUCAACCCCCACCUCCACCUCCACCACCUCCCCCUCCUCCUCCAGUAGCACCGCCCCCUCUGUCAGCCCCGCCUCUUCCACUCAGUGACAAAGAAUCAUCUGGAAUUUCCACUGCAGGAUCGAUGGACGACGUUCUAGCAUCGCUGCAGCGGGGGCGUGUUCACCUACGCAAGGUCACGCCCAAACCUUCUGGGGUUUCCAUGGAGACCGGAAACUUUAGAGACGGUUUGCUGUCAGCUAUCCGUCAGGGUGUAACCUUAAAGAAAACCCCGCCCCCUGUUGGCCCCGCCCACUGUCAUGACUCCGAUCUGGAGCUCAGCAUCAAAGCAGCCAUGAUGAGGAUGAAGAAGGUCUCCAACGAGUCCGAUGAUGAAGAACAUCCAAUCACAUCGCCGGAAGAAUGGGACAACUAGAAGUGUGGGCGCACACGCACACACACACACACACACACAUACACACACACACACACACACACAUACACACAUACACACAUACACACACAAACACACACACAGUUAUACUGUUUAAAAAUAUAGCUCUUUGAAUGUUGUAAAAACACAAAUAUGGCACUUUAAUUUACAUUAGAAAAAAAAUGGAAUGAAAUUUGAUGUAAAACAUAAAAGGGGAAAAAAUCAAACCCAAAAUACAUCAGAAAUAAAAUGGAGUCAGUGAGGUUGAGUUUUAUUAAAACACUGUGUGUACAUUAAAGCUGAGUUUCUGAGCUC